GCAGCGGCGAGGAGCAACAGCAGCAACAGCAGCCACGGCGCUGUGAACGCGUAACGCCAAGCAAAAGUGUGUUUUCACGGCUUUACCGCGAGGAUCACGGGGCCCAGAGAGGACUACACUGCCGCAGGAGCCACAGGGAGCUGCGUGGAGCCGCGUGCAGCCGCGUGGAGCCGCGAGGGGCCGUGCGAGGCUUGGGAGGCUGUCCGCUUCUUCCGCGUCGCCGCUGCGGUGCUGGGCUGGGCGUUCAAGUUGUGCCGUCGCUGGAAAUGGACAAACCGCUGUGAAUCCGCGCCGCGUGAUUCUGACCGUCCACUGCAGAACUGGAGAAUGAUGCUUCACUGAGGCCUUCAUUUUUCACGAUUCUUCACUGCACUGCUCUCAUCUGGACUCUUCAGUAAACUCUUCUCUGAUUGGACGUUAUAUUUACGGCAACCAUGGCGAACAAUACAGCUGACCACGCUCCCCAGAACUCGACCAAUGAGGCGCAGGACGGCGACUUCGGUGUGACUACAGCUGAACUUCGUGGUCUGAUGGAGUUGAGGAGCCAUGAAGCCUGCGCUAAGAUCAGAGACACAUAUGGAGAUGUACAGAACAUCUGUAGGAGGCUAAAGACGUCUCCUAUAGAAGGUCUCUCAGGAAACCCCGUGGACUUGGAAAAGCGUCAUGCAGCGUUCGGGAAAAACUUCAUUCCUCCAAAGAAGCCCAAGACUUUCCUGCAGCUGGUGUGGGAAGCUCUACAGGAUGUGACCCUCAUCAUCCUGGAGAUCGCUGCCAUCAUCUCCCUUGGCUUGUCAUUCUACCACCCUCCAGGGGGCGACAGUGAGGCCUGCGGUCAGGCAGCUGCCGGUGUGGAGGAUGAGGGCGAGGCUCAGGCCGGUUGGAUUGAGGGGGCGGCCAUCUUGUUCUCAGUGAUCAUCGUGGUGCUGGUGACAGCAUUUAAUGAUUGGUCCAAAGAGAAGCAGUUCAGGGGGCUGCAGUCGCGCAUUGAGCAGGAGCAAAAGUUCACAGUCAUCAGGAAGGGACAGGUCAUCCAGGUGCCCGUUGCUGAGAUCGUGGUGGGAGACAUCGCACAGAUCAAAUAUGGGGACCUUCUUCCCGCUGAUGGGAUCCUGAUUCAGGGAAACGACCUGAAGAUCGAUGAAAGUUCUCUGACCGGAGAAAGUGACCACGUACGGAAGAGCCUAGAGAAGGACCCCAUGCUCCUGUCAGGUACUCAUGUGAUGGAGGGCUCAGGUCGGAUGGUGGUCUCGGCCGUGGGGUUGAACUCUCAGACUGGAAUCAUCUUCACACUAUUGGGAGCCAGCGAGAAUGACGAAGAGAAGAAGGUUAAGAAAAGUAAAAAACCCGGACCCCCCGAAAAUCGCAACAAAGCUCCAACAAAGGACGGCAUUGCGUUGGAGAUCCAGCCUCUGAAGAGUGACGAGGCAGGGGAAGCGGGGGAGACGGGGGAGGUGGAGGAGAAGGAGGAGGCGAAGCCCGUAAAGAAAGUCAAUGUCACCAAGAAAGAGAAGUCUGUGCUGCAAGGCAAACUCACCAGGCUUGCCGUGCAGAUCGGCAAAGCAGGUCUGAUCAUGUCAGCCGUUACUGUAGUGAUCCUGAUCCUGUACUUUGUGAUUGACACAUUCGGGGUGCAGGGGCGAUCCUGGGUGGCAGAGUGCACUCCGAUCUACAUCCAGUACUUCGUGAAGUUCUUCAUCAUUGGCGUCACCGUGCUCGUUGUUGCUGUGCCUGAAGGGCUCCCCCUGGCGGUCACUAUCAGCCUCGCGUACUCCGUCAAGAAAAUGAUGAAAGACAAUAACCUUGUCCGGCACUUGGACGCUUGUGAGACAAUGGGGAACGCCACGGCCAUCUGCUCCGAUAAAACGGGAACGCUAACCAUGAACCGCAUGACUGUGGUACAGGCCUACAUCGGAGACACACACUACAAGACGGUCCCAGAACCAGACCAGGUCCGACCUGAGACCCUGGAAGUCCUGGUCAACAGCAUCUCUAUCAACUCUGCCUACACCACCAAAAUCCUGCCUCCAGAGAAAGAGGGCGGUCUUCCUCGGCACGUUGGGAAUAAGACUGAAUGUGCUCUGCUGGGGCUGGUGCUGGACCUGAAGAGGGACUAUCAACCAAUCAGAGAUGAGAUCCCAGAGGAGAAGCUCUACAAAGUCUACACCUUCAACUCGUCCAGGAAGUCCAUGAGCACCGUCCUGAAGAAUGCCGACGGGGGCUUCCGCAUGUACAGCAAGGGGGCAUCAGAGAUCAUACUGAGAAAGUGCUCCCGGAUCCUGGAUGCGCAGGGCCAUCCCAGAGUCUUCAAACCCAAAGAUCGCGAUGAGAUGGUUCGGAAGGUGAUUGAGCCCAUGGCAUGUGAGGGGCUCCGGACCAUCUGUGUGGCCUUCAGAGACUUCCCUGCGGAGGCUGGAGAACCUGACUGGGACCAGGAGCAACAGAUCCUUUCCGAGCUCACCUGCAUUGCCGUGACGGGCAUUGAAGACCCCGUCAGACCAGAGGUUCCCGAGGCGAUAGCAAAGUGCCAGCGCGCGGGCAUCACUGUGCGUAUGGUCACUGGGGACAACAUCAACACCGCGCGCGCCAUCGCCACAAAGUGCGGCAUCCUGCUGCCUAACGAGGACUUCUUGUGUCUAGAGGGAAAAGAGUUCAACACACAGAUCCGCAACGACAAGGGAGAGGUGGAGCAGGAGCGUCUGGACAAAGUUUGGCCCAAACUCCGGGUUCUGGCUCGGUCCUCCCCAACAGACAAACACACGCUGGUCAAAGGUAUCAUCGAUAGCACUGUGGGCGAGACUCGGCAGGUUGUGGCUGUGACUGGAGAUGGAACCAACGAUGGGCCCGCCCUGAAGAAGGCCGACGUGGGCUUCGCCAUGGGCAUUGCGGGCACAGAUGUGGCUAAAGAAGCAUCGGACAUCAUCCUCACAGAUGAUAACUUCACGAGCAUCGUCAAAGCCGUGAUGUGGGGCCGAAACGUCUACGACUCCAUCUCCAAGUUCCUCCAGUUUCAGCUCACUGUCAAUGUGGUGGCCGUGAUCGUGGCCUUCACCGGAGCCUGCAUCACUCAGGACUCUCCUCUGAAGGCCGUGCAGAUGCUGUGGGUGAACCUGAUCAUGGACACGUUAGCCUCGUUAGCAUUAGCCACAGAGCCACCCACAGAGUCGCUGUUGCUACGGAAACCAUACGGACGCGACAAACCUCUCAUCUCCAGAACCAUGAUGAAGAACAUACUCGGCCACGCAGUCUACCAACUCGUCAUCAUCUUCACUCUGCUAUUUGCUGGAGAGAAGUUCUUCGACAUUGACUCGGGCCGUAAUGCGCCGCUUCACUCUCCGCCGUCUGAACACUACACCAUCGUCUUCAACGUCUUUGUGAUGAUGCAACUUUUCAACGAGAUCAAUGCUAGAAAGAUCCACGGAGAGAGGAACGUGUUCGAAGGUGUCUACAGGAACCCCAUCUUCUGCUCCGUGGUGCUGGGGACCUUUGCCCUGCAGAUCAUCAUCGUGCAGUUCGGAGGGAAGCCGUUCUCCUGCACGGCUCUGACCAUCGACCAAUGGCUGUGGUGCGUCUUCAUCGGCGUGGGAGAGCUACUCUGGGGACAGCUGGUGACCUCGAUCCCGACUCAUCACCUGAAGUUCCUGAAGGAGGCAGGACACGGCAUCACAAAGGAGGAGAUCCCAGAGGAGGAGCUAACAGAGGGAGCCGACGAAAUCGACCAUGCGGAGAUGGAGCUGAGGAGGGGCCAGAUCCUGUGGUUCAGAGGCCUCAACCGCAUACAGACUCAGAUUAAGGUGGUGAACGCGUUUCGGUCUUCGCUCUAUGCCGGUCUGGAGAGUCCCGAGUCCCGGAGCUCCAUCCACUCCUUCAUGUCCCACCCAGAGUUUGUCCCAAUGUCCGAGGAGGAGUCCAGGGUCCCAUCUGUGAUCGAGGAGAGCGGAGAGGAGAUCCAGGCCUGCCCCGAGACUGGACCAGAGAGCAGCUGAGGAGCAGAGAUGAGACUAGACCCAACUACAGGAUCAGAGACCAGACCAGACUAGACUAGACUACGGACUCGCAGCAGAUACCAGAACAGAUACCAGAUCACCAAAGACUUCCAGACCAGACCUUAGACUACCAGAUUGAACUGGGGCUAAACAUUGGACCUCUUCCUCAACCAAUAAAACUCCUCCAGGACCAAGAACCGAACCAGGACCCUCCAGAUCCAGACCGAAGACCAGACAGAGGAGCCGGACCGGAACCACCGAACUACAUCAGAACCUUCAGAACCUUUGGACCAUGGACCACGACAGGAGCAGAACAAAACGCUUUUCCCAAAACUCAGCCCUGAACUGGACUUAGCUCUGAAGAACAUCUCAGACUUCCAGUGUCGCAUGACCAAAUCCUUCAGAGUUUAACGUUUUCUCAGUUUGUUUUAAUCAAAUUUAAAACUACAAAAGAGACGACGAAAGCCAUUUAGUUAACACAUAUCAGUCUUUACAUUUUAAACAGCACCAGCAAAUUUUAAUCCUAUUUUAAAGAAGGGGCAAUACUUUAACAUUUUAUAUUCUAUUUUUAAACCACAUGUUUUUGUUCAACACUAGCUGUUAACACAUUUUCAGACCCGAGUUUGGACUCAGAGUUUUGGUAAAGCGUUUUGCACAUUUCUCCUGGUCUCAUUUGGACCCUGUGUUCUCUUCCAUCUGUGUAUAUUCUAUGAUUAAUCUCUUAUUUUUUACUUCUGUUCAUAUUCCUAAUGGCUUAUGAUUUUUGGUUAAAUUUUUGCUGCAGAAGUUUGUCUCAGAAACAAAGAGGUUGUUUUUUCUCAUGUACAGUUGCUUCAGACUUUAUGAAUAAUUAUAGAAAUACAAUGACGCAAGCCCGCACCAAACGCAACAAGCAAGGUUUUCAGAUGGAGAACUGGUAUAAUCCUGGUGUAAUCCUGGUUUAGACCUGGUGGAGACCUGGUGAAGACCUAGUUUAGUCAGGGUUUAGACCUGGUGUAGUCCUGGAUUGUGUGGAUAAAAUGUGCCAAAAGGGGGCCUCAGUGAAGACAUGACUUCCAAAUUUCCAGGAAACUGAUUUUAAGGUUUGCCCAUGUUUUAUUUAAAAUGUUAAUCUUUUUGGCAUAUUCUGCUUAGUUCUAAUAGUUAGACAAUAGUUACAAAUGUCGACAGGUUCAUUUGAAAGGUUGCAGGUUUAGACCAGGCUCAGAUUCUGGACUCUCCAUCUGAAAUGGCUCCCAAACGACUGUUGUUGUUUUUUUGGGAAUAGUUUUGGUGAUUGUUUCUUCUUGGAGCGUUGUUGCAAGCAUUGCUACGAGCAUAGUUGGGAGCAUUGUUGGAAGCGUUGUGGUGCGCCAGCGUCGGGUGCGUUUGUGUAAAUGCGAUUUGUGCUUGUUUCCAUUGCAGCUCUGAAUGUCGUCGCUGCAUGUCCAAAAAAAGAAUGUUUACUGCGAUUCUCAAACCCCAAAACCUGUGUGUGCAAGUCCACGUCCGCAAAGGGCUCUCCAGUCCAGACUAGGGUCCUAGGUCCAGUCCCUGAUACUGGUCUAGACCCAGACCUUGAUCCUGGUCUAGGGUCCCGGUCCAGACCUUGGACCUUCAGAAUCCAGUCUUGACGGGGCCCAGACCUGAACAAUCUUAGUACGCUGCAUGUUGUGUUCAUUCGUGUCGAGUCGCAUGAGAACUAUACGGAAUGAAACUGUGCUGUUUUCUCAGAGACGUGCUCACUUCCUGCUUCAGCCACUCCACUUCCUGUCUGUGCUUCCUGUUUACAUCUGAAAUUUAAAAAAAAUGUUUAAACCGGCCUUACCAAAACCAGAAUGAGACUGAACCUUUCAAAGACUGACGACUGUUCUGUGCAAAUGAAGGAAAUUCACUGUCACAAAGACCACAUUAUCCACCAUUUUCUAGUUUGUAAGAAUAACAUUUGACUUUUAUUUCGGUUUUUGUUGAGCUAAUCAUGAGUAACCUUUGGACCAAUCAGAGCAGAGUUUAGCGUUUUGAGUCAAGCGAACAGGAAGUGAGUGCGCCUCUGAACGUCGUCAUGAUUUUGAACCUGAUUUUUGUACGAGUUUAUUUGCGUUUAAUGUUGUUUGACUCUGCCAAACUCGGACGAAAAGUCUCAUUUAUUCUGAAAAAAAUGUAUAAAGCAGCGCUCCCUUUUACUUUUGCUCAAACCAAAAUUUAGACCCAAAUUUUCAUCUUUUGACCAAAAACAUUUCACUCCUUUUGUGCCAGAUAUAAUGGCUGUUUACAUUUUUACUCACUUCAAUAGUUUUAUUAUUUCUUUGUUUAGCAGCCAGGACAUUUGGGCGUCAAGUUUCACUUGUUGUGGUGACGUAGUUUUUAAAUCUCAUUGAAGCAGCGCUAUGGUUGUUUUUCAGAAUAAACAGUUUUUUCUUCACAUGAGUUUUGGCGCAGAGUUGGGGUUCCCAUGGCGACCGUGGCAGAGCCAAAUUAACCCCUCAGUCACUGUGCCCCUCUGCCGCCGCGUCACCAUCUGUCCACCAAUCAGAGGAGCCCAUUUACGGAGGCCACGCCCACGCUGCCAGUCUGGGGUUGGGACUUUUGGUUUAGACCUGGGACAACAUCUGGCUCGACAGAGGUCUGGACUUGUCUUUAGUUCUGGUUUAGCCCUAGUUAAAUCAGGACUAAACCAGAAGUUAUCUCUGCUUUAGCCCUAGUUUAGACUAGGUUUAUUCCUGGUAUAGACCAGGUUUAGUCUUGGUUUUCACCUGGUCCAGACCUGGUCCAGACCUGGUCCAGACCUGGUCCAGACCUGGUCCAGACCUGGUCCAGACCUGGUCCAGACCUGGUCCAGACCUGGUCCAGACCUCUGUGUAACCGAAUAUCCCCUGGCCUGCUCAGCGCUCCCAUGGCCUCUCAUACCGCCAUAGUCACUGUUCUUCCCGGCUUUUCUAUGUAUCAGAGCCAUAUUUGGGGUUAUGUUGAUGGCCAUCUUGGUUUCGUUGGACGUUUCCUUUGAUUCCAAACGACCAAAAAGGAUCGGCUUCCGGAGGACCACCACUUCCCGACUUUACGAUCUCAACUCAAACUCUACCGGGGAAUCUUUCUGCAUGGUUUUCAUAUGGAAUUCAAUGUUUUGCUCAUUUUUUACAAUUACUUCGGUAUUUUUAUAUAUUUUUAAUAUUUUGGAGAUAUAUAUGACUAUCUGUAAAGGCUGCAGUUUGGUGAGCUGAUGUGAAUAUUUAAUGCCACGUUGUUGUUGUCACAUGAGGUUUAGGGCUCACAACAUGUUUACGUGCUGUCGCUGCCAACAGAGCUGAGUCCUUGGUCUGAGCCUUGGCCAGGCCUGAUCCGGACCUGGUCCGGACCUGGUCCAAGCGGGGUCUAAACGGGGUCCAGGAAGCAGGAGGGACCAAACUAAGAUCCAGGCAAAGGUUUAAGGAUCUAAAGUCGUAUGUGUCUUCUAUAAAAGUAAAAAUUUAGACUUGUAAAGGUGGCCAUUUUGAAGGUCUUCCUCUUGUUUGGGGUUCAGAUUUUUGCUCGCGUGCAAGGCAGGGGGCGCUCUAACGAUAACACUAAAGUUAGUUUUGCACACAGCUCUGAGGCCUGACGGUGGAUUUUUUUUUCUCGUGGCGGGGUCAGUUUAAAAUCGUCUUAAUGUUUACAGCUCGUAUCAUUCCACGCACACACUGCCCUCUGCUGCCCCCGCUGGCCAGCACAGACCCUGGACUUGGGCUCUUUUUGGACUAAUCUGACCGUGUCCCUUUUUCACUCCACACUAUUAUAAACAUAUACAUAUUAUAUAUAUAAAGUAUAUUAAUCUAUAUUAAUGCAGUCAUCUGUGGUCGCAGUAUCCACAUUAAAUGAGUGUACAUGAGAA